AUGGAUUUGGGAUCCCAUGCGUCACCGAGGCGCCUGUCAAUGAGCAGCAGACACGGCGUAAGUCGCGAAGCGGCCAAGACCAUUUCGGCGAGGAUUCAAGAUCUCCAGGAGAGACUGGCACGGUAUGAAGGCCAGGGGUUCAGUCUCGGACCGACGCUAUCUCGAGACAGUGAGACUAUCAGAGUUCAAACCACUCAAGGAGCGUCGCCAGACCGGCCACCGACGAGGGCGACGGCGCAGACACCCACGGAUAACGCCACGCAGGUAAAUGCUGCCUCGACGCUUCUGGGAUUAGCCCUGGAUCAACUCACGUCACCGACGCCGACCAAUCCAACAUCUGGAGGCCAUGGUAACAACCAUGUUGCAUCAUCUCCUGGCUCCGCCAUCGCGGCCGACUCGUCACUUAGCUCAAGCCACACCUUUGGCUCACGACUGCAAAACCUCUUGGAGCAUCCGCGUCUAGGCCGCCGAGAACCAAUGCAACCACCCGCCCGCUCCCUCUCCCAAACGACGACCCUAAAGCCCCUCGACGAUGGCCCCGCCGGCGUUGGAGGCAUCACCCUGCCCUCGGAAGACGAAGCCCGCCGUCUCUUCGAGAGCAUGACCUUCUUCAUCGGGUAUACACAGCACCACAUCGACACGCGCGAGUUCUCGGACCGCCUCGCCUUCUUCUACGCGAAUUUGGCUGAUACAUCACAGGCUGUAUCACAGGCGCAGAUGCCGUGGUAUCUAGAGAUGCUACUUGUUUUUGCCAUUGGAAAGCUGUUCUCGGGCGGCUUCGACGGGGAGGAGAAGGGCGGGGGCUCGCCGGUUCCCGGGGCUAGCAUGUUUGCGCACGUGCAGGCUCGGUUGCCGAGCUUGAGCGAGCUGUACGGGCUGGGCAAACUGGGGAUCGAGAUUCAUGCUUUGGCGGCGGUGUAUUUGCAGAAUGCGAAUCGGAAAGAGGAGGCAUAUCUUUAUAUCAGCUCAGCCCUUCGACUGGCGACAACGCAUGGGUAUCAUCGCAAGUCGGGGACGCAACACUUGUUACAGUCGGAGAAGGUGCAUUUGAACCGUCUCUGGUGGACUGUGUAUAUGCAAGAGAGACGACUGGCGGCAGCAACUGGCAACCCUGCCGGGAUUCUGGACGAUGUUAUCGAAAUCGAUAUGCCGACGGACUCCCCAGGUUUCCCACCGGCGCUUCCUCUGCGAACCAAUAUUAAAAUCGCAAAGGUUACCGGAAGAAUCCUAUCAACGAUUUAUGGACCAGGGAACCACCCGGAAGAGACGUUCGUUCCAAACGUGCAGGAAAUUGUCCAGUCGUUAUACUGGAUUGCCAAGGAGAUCCCGGGCGAGUUCUCGCCCAAGCUGUCUGAUAUGCCAUCCAUGGAAGGAGACGUCUCUUUGAGAACAUCGGCGUAUCUCCACAUGAUGCUAUAUCAGGCGAUUCUCUUGACGAUACGGCCUGUGAUGCUCCACGUCUCGAAACUGAUCUUUGACGAGGAAAGUGGAGGAAGUCUAAGCUUGGGGUCCUCGCCACUUGGGAGAUUGAGUCGAACGUGUUCAGAAGCGGCCCGUCGACUGUUAGAGGUUCUGAUGCUGUUACGGAAGAGGAACAUCCUAACAACCUUUGGCUUCUUCGAUCUCGACGCCAUCUUUUCGGCUGCUUUCAUCAUGAUCCUGACGAUGACGAUCGACUCGACCUGCGAGGAGAGCCAGAAAUUGGCACCCAGCCCAGGAUUAUCAGAGGCACUAGAGAUACUCGAUUACCUGGUAGGCCGCGGCAAUGAGUUCGCGCUCCAGCGAGCUCGAGAAGUCAGGCGAAUGCGAGACCAUCUGUCGACGUUUCUGGACAUUCCCAAGAACAGCCCAAGCGAGUUUCGUUCAUAUCCCUCAGUGGCUACAGGGUCAGGGCCUAGCGGUGGGCAGCAGUCGCCCGCAACGAUGGCGGUGUCUACGUCGUCGGAGGAUAAAGGUGCCGGCGAGGAUGCUAGAGCACGUCAGCAGAGCUUCAGAGAUAUGACGAUGCGGGGUUCGGUCGAGAGAGGGGGCCUGACGCCGUCGGGGGGUAGCAGGGCGAGCCAACUGGGAUCGCGGAGUCUGCUGGACUCGAGUUUGUGGAACGAUAUCUCGUAUCUUUGGAUGCAGCCCGCCCCAGGAGUCGAGGAUGCACAGGCGUUUGAGCAAGCGGAAGGGAUGGCUGAUUUGUUGCCCGAAGAUGCGUAUAAUUGGAACUCGAUCUACCACAACCAGGAUCUAGCCCUGACUGGUCAAGAUCUUGGGGAUUUUGGAGAGUUGGAGAGACACAUUCUAGGGUUUGGCGGAUGA